AUGGCCUCUGACCACUCAGACGUUUCAAAAGAAGAAAGCGCAGAGUUGGCGAGCUCAACCGAAGACGAGCAACCCAAGGGUACUCGUCGUUCAACGCGGAAAAAGUCGCCUAACAAGCGCUUUUCACAGGACUUUUUAAUCGAGAAACUUUCAAAAACCGGUUCAUCACGGCGACAAGCGAAAAAGAUCACUAAUGUGAGCGAUGAGGAAUCGUCCGAAGAGGACUCCUACAAACAGGACUCAAAUAUCGAAAUCCUAGAAAAGGAGAUAGCCGCAAUUCUUUUCGAGGAGCAAACUGAUGUGCCCGGUGUUGGUAUCUAUGGGUUUCAAACACCGAAGAAACGUGGCUCAAUGAGCGCUCUCGCACAUGCCAGUGCCCAACGCACACCGGGCUCUCAAUCCGGAUCCAGCAUGUCCCACACGGUGGGUAGUAACAUUCCAAAAACACCAAUGCAUCUGCGUUGUAUCGCAAAGAAAGAGAUGCAAAAGGCGCUACAUGCAGCUCAAGGAUCAGAUUUUUCCGCCAGCGAAAGCGAAUACUCACCCUUGAGCGAUGAAGACGAACACGAGAGCGACAGUGAUGGGCCUUCGUCGUCGGAAGAAGACAGCGGUGAUGACACCGCGUCCGAAAAGCAUUCCGUCCGAUCGGGAAUGUCACGUAAAUCUAUCCCUGAUCCGGUACAUUUCAAGCGUGCGAUUCCGGCCAAACUCUCAUCACAGCUCCCUAGCGGUGAGACGAGUGCCACGCCUCGUCGCAGUGGCCGUCGAGCAAACGCGGACAGCAAACCGGAACUGCAGUACAUCGUGCAGAGCGAUGACUACUUCUCGACGUUCGCCAGCGCCAAAUCCGUCACUUCUGACCACACGCUGGAUCGGCUCAACACACCCCGGCUGCCUCAGGAUGUCCUGUUCCGUUUGCUGGAGGAAACGAACGCUUCGCGGUCACAUACCGACGCCAUCCAGGAGCUGCUGGAGGGGUACGAGCAACAGUUCGCCCAUUGGCUACUCCUGCUGGAUCAGGGCUUCAACGUGCUGCUGUACGGGUUGGGUUCGAAGCGAUCACUGUUGCAGUCCUUCCACCGGCAAUCCCUCGCCGAUCACUCGGUACUCGUGGUGAACGGAUUCUUUCCCGGUCUCACCGUGAAAGACGUUCUGGAUGGCCUAGCCGGUGACCUGUUAGAAAUACGCCAAACAUCAUCCCACAACCACGAGGCGAUUGACGGCAUCGAGCGGCAAUUGGCCUGCCAGCCGCAUUUGCACGUAUUCCUGCUCGUGCACAACCUUGACGGUGUGGCGAUGCGUAACGAACGUAUGCAAUCGACAAUCUCCCGGCUAGCCAGCAUCCCAAACGUUCACCUGGUGGCGUCAAUCGACCACAUCAACGCGCCACUACUCUGGGACGCCUCCAAACUAAGCCUGUUCAACUUCUGCUGGUGGGACGUAACCACCAUGCUCCCGUACACCACCGAAACAGCGUUCGAAAACUCCCUGCUGGUACAGAACGCUGGUGCCCUCGCGCUAUCCUCCAUGCGGAGUGUCGUGGCAUCACUCACAUCGAACGCUCGCGGCAUUUUCAUGAUGAUUGUUCAACACCAGCUAGCGAACGGGGGUCCUGCAAACCCCCAGCACGCCGGUAUGCUGCUGAAGGAUCUCUACUGGUCCUGCCGGGAAGCGUUUCUCGUCAGCAGUGACAUCGCGCUCCGGGCGCAACUGACCGAAUUCACCGAUCACAAGUUGCUGCGCAUCAAACGCACCGCCGAUGGUGCGGAAACGCUGCACAUUCCCAUCGAGCAUGGGCUUUUGCAGCGUUUCUUCGAUGAGUCAUCACAGAACUAA